GUGAACAGCAUCAGUAGAGAGCGAAGUGGAGGAGAGAGACCGCAGUGAGGGAGCAAGCUGCCAACCGGACAGAGCCAAAGAGAGAGAGAGAGAGUAAAAGAAGAAAGAAAAGAAAAAGAGGACAAGUGUGUCACAUGUUUUCCGAUUAGGGAUAAUCUCUGAGUAAAACAUGUGUUUGAUAUUUUUCUAGUAUGGAUUAUGUUUCUUUUUUCUCCAACACUGGCUUCAUCGCUCCAGUGGCUUCAGUGGAAUGUGCGCUGUAGAUUCUCCGGGACGCAGCUGAAAAGCAAGACCGUGGAGCUAAAAUAGAAAGGAAAAAAAUAAUUAUUCAGUCAACAAAAGUCUUUAUUUCGCCCCUUUUCUAUUGGGACAUUUUUCCUGGAUGCUUUGCGCAUUUUUGGAGACUUUUACGCAUUUUCUGGAGACUUUUACGCAUUUUGGAGACUUGUACCUGCCGCUUGAAAUGUGUGAUGGGAACUGACAUUUUGUGCACCUACAGGGGAUAACAAGGUUUAUGGUCUUUUUUCUGCCUAAGUGCACUUGUUUUUCCGGCGAUGAUUGUGCUCGUGCUUGCCCUGUGCCUCGCGGAUGGAGCGCUUUCUCAGAUUCGCUACUCUGUGCCGGAGGAGGCAGACCACGGUACCUUGGUGGGGAAUAUCGCCGAGGACCUGGGUCUGGACCUUACCAAGCUGGUGUCCCGCCGCUUCCAAGUGGUGCCCAGCUCUCGCUCGCCAUAUCUGGAGGUGAACCUGGAGAACGGCGUCCUGUUUGUGAACGAGAAAAUCGACCGGGAGCUGAUAUGCAAGCAGAGCGCCAGCUGCCAGCUCAACAUGGAGGUGUUCCUGGAGAAUCCGCUGGAGCUGUUCCGUGUGGAAAUCGAGGUUGUGGACAUCAACGACAACCCACCCAGCUUCCCGGAGACGGACAUCACGGUGGAGAUCUCAGAGAGUGCCACUCCGGGCACCCGCUUCCCCCUGGAGAGCGCAUUCGACCCGGACGUGGGCUCUAACGCAUUACGCACGUACGACAUCACCACUAACAACUACUUUUACCUGGAUGUGCAGACCCAAACGGACGGGAACAAGUUCGCGGAGCUGGUGCUGGAGAAGCCAUUGGACCGGGAGCAGCAGGCGGCGCACAGGUACGUGCUGACCGCGGUGGACGGCGGUCAGCCGCCGCGGACUGGCACCGCGCUGCUGGUUGUUAAAGUGCUGGACUCUAACGAUAAUGUGCCAGUUUUUGACCAGCCUGUCUAUACAGUAAGUCUCUCUGAGAACGCACCGGUGGGCACGCUGUUAAUUCAACUGAAUGCCACCGACCUGGACGAGGGACUGAACGGGGAGGUGGUUUACUCCUUCAGUAACCACAUCUCCAGUCGCGUAAAGGAUCUGUUCAGCAUUGACCCGCGCACCGGGCGCAUCGAGGUGCGUGGAGAGGUUGACUUUGAGGAGAGCAGCAUCUUCCAGAUUUUCGUCCAGGCCAAGGAUAUGGGGCCAAACGCCGUCCCCGCGCACUGCAAAGUGCUGGUCAAAGUCUCUGACGCCAACGACAAUGCGCCGGAGAUCACCUUCAGCACCGUCACCGAGUCCGUGAGCGAGAAAGCGGCUCCGGGCACCGUGAUCGCGCUCCUGAGUGUGACAGACCGGGACGCGGAGGAGAACGGCCAGAUCAACGUGGAAAUCCUCGGUGACGUCCCUUUUAAAUUAAAAACCUCCUUCAGGAAUUAUUUCACCAUAGUGACGGACGGGCCGUUGAACCGAGAGCAGGCGGAGUCCUACUCGGUCACCGUGGUUGCGCGGGAUAAAGGGACUCCCCCACUCACCACCAGUAAGUCUAUCAGAGUCCAGGUGUCAGACGAGAACGAUAACGCGCCCACUUUUACGCAGCAAAUCUAUGAUGUGUAUGUGACUGAGAAUAACGUGCCAGGGGCGUACAUACACGCUGUAACGGCCCUAGACUUAGACGUGGGGCAGAACGCGCUCAUCAGCUACUCCAUAUUAGAGUGUGACAUUCAGGGGAUGUCAGUCAAAACGUACGUGUCAAUCAAUGAAGAGACAGGAUAUCUGUAUGCACUCAGGUCUUUUGAUUAUGAGCAGCUGAAGGACUUCACGUUCAUGGUCCAGGCCAACGAUGCGGGCACCCCAGAGCUUUCCUCCAAUGCCACAGUCAAAGUCAUCAUUGUGGACCAGAAUGAUAACGCCCCAGUGGUGUUGGCCCCCGUGGGGAAGAAUGGCACAGCCAGGGAGCCACUGCCCCGCUCGGCUGAGCCAGGCUACCUGGUGACCCGCAUAGUGGCCAUGGACGCGGACGAUGGCGAGAACGCCCGGCUGUCCUACAGCAUCCAGCGGGGGAACGAGAAUGGCAUGUUCAGGAUGGACUGGAGGACGGGCGAGCUCCGCAUUGCAAGGCGUGUGUCACCCAAGCGAGACCCCCACCAGCUGUACGACCUGCUCAUUGAGGUGAGAGACCAUGGCCAGCCACCACUGUCUUCCAGUGCCAGUGUCCUGGUGGUACUGGUGGACAGUGUGGUGGAAGGCCACGGCAGCGCUGACCGAGGAAGCAGUGCCAAGGCCAAAGAUGGCACCCUGGACCUCACGCUCAUCCUCAUCAUCGCCCUGGGCUCAGUCUCCUUCAUCUUCCUCCUGGUCAUGAUUGUGCUGGCCGUGCGUUGCCAGAAGGACAAGAAGCUAAACAUUUACACGUGCCUGACCAGCGACUGCUGCCUGAGCUGCAGCUCCUGCUGCUCUCAGCAGAGCCGGGCCCGCAAGAAAAAGCUCAGCAAGUCAGAUAUCAUGCUGGUGCAAAGUGCUGUAAACGUGAGUGGAGCCAGUACAGCUCAAGUCCCCGUGGAGGAAUCGGGAAGCUUCAGCUCCCACCACCAAAACCAGAACUAUUGCUACCAGGUAUGUCUGACACCAGAGUCUGCCAAAACCGACCUCAUGUUCCUAAAGCCACGUAGUCCGUCUAGGAGCACAGACACCGAUCACAACCCGUGUGGGGCCAUAGUGACAGGGUACACAGACCAGCAGCCUGACAUCAUAUCAAAUGGCAGCAUUUUAUCAAACGAGGUCAAACACCAACGUGCUGAGCUCAGCUACCUGGCUGACAGGCCAAGACGUGUCAACAGUUCGGCGUUCCAGGAGGCCGACCUGGUCAGCUCCAAAGACAGUGGCCACGGAGACAGCGAGCAGGGGGACAGCGACCAUGACGCCACUAAUCGAGGCCAUUCCUCCGGUGCUGAUCUGUUCUCCAACUGCACAGAGGAGUGCAAGGCUCUGGGCCACUCGGAUCGCUGCUGGAUGCCGAGCUUCAUGCCCUCUGAUGGGCGCCAGGGUCCGGACUACCGCAGCAACCUCCACGUGCCUGGGAUGGACUCUGUCCCCGACACAGAGGUAUUUGAAAGCCCAGAGCAAACGGCCGAUAUGUCAUUCUCCACCUUUGGCAAAGAGACGCCUCUCAGUCAUCAACACCUCCACCACCAUCUCCUCCAACACCAUCACCUCAGCCACCACAGCUUCCUAGAGAGGAAAGAGUUGGAAGCUUUACUGCCUAGCUCCAGAGCUCCCUGUAACCCAGCUCAUUUAACGAGGAAAAGGAUUUGCUAGCUCCUUUCGCGUGGACAUAUCAGAAACCGCGUGACUUUGCACAAUCACUCCCCCACGACGACCAAGGCUGUAAAACAACAACGACAACAGAAGGAGCAUUAUGUCUUCAAUCCAUUUUGCCCCUCAUCGAUCCUC